AUGAAGGCGGAUCAGGAAGCUGGGAAUAGGUUCGUGCUCGAUUGGUGUCGUUGGGUGCCGGCUAAGGUUAAUAUUCACGUUUGGAGAGCUGAAUUGGACAGGUUACCGACAGGAGAAGCCCUUUUAAAAAGAAACAUUUUGAUCGAGGAAAGUGAGUGCCCGUUUUGCGGUGCUGAAGUCGAAUCCUCCGAGCACUUGUUUAUCUCGUGUAGUACCGCCGCUUUUGUGUGGCAAGGCGUGUCAUCUUGGUGUAAAAUUCCGAACAUAUUCGCUUUCUCCAUAUCGGACCUCCUAAGCGUUUUUAAGAGUUUAAGAAUGUCGGAAAAGAAGAAGAAGGAAGCAAUCCAAUGUGUUAUCAUGAUCGCCUGUUGGAGUCUUUGGCGUGCUAGGAACAAUGUUCGGUUCUUGAAUUCCCCGGUUAAGAUAGAUGGUAUUUUAAGCGAAGUUAAGGCUUUAGGCUAUCUUUGGUUCUCUCAUAGAUCUAGAUUUAAAGGGAUUGAAUGGAGGGAGUGGUGCUCCUUUAUAAAUAUGUAA